GGGCGGGGCUGGCGCGCCGGUCGGGCGCCAUGUUCGCUGUGUGCGGGGCUGGGCCGGGCGGCCGGGCGGUCCCGGCGGCUGUCAGCGCCUUGGUGCCGCGGUGCGGGGCCGGGCGGUUCCAUUGGCGGUCAGCCUUCCUCCUCCUCAACCCGGUGCCGCUGCCGGCGGGGGGCCGGCAGGCGCCAUUCUCCACAACCUGCGUGAGGUGCUCGAAGAACAGGCGGCUGAGGCAAAAAAGAGUGAUUUCGGAAAGGAAACUGACACGCUACUUCGUGGAUCACCGCAAAGUGCGUGUGGUUGGAGGCCAAGGAGGAGCAGGAGGUCACUCUUUUCACAGUGAACCCCGAAAAGUGUUUGGAGGUCCUGAUGGUGGAAAUGGGGGUGAUGGGGGUCAUGUCAUCUUGAAAGCUGAUCAGCAAAUGAAAUCACUUUCUUCAGUCCUCCCCUUCUAUCAAGGUUUUAAUGGAGAGAGAGGAGGACGCAAAAACUGUUACGGAGCUAAUGGUGCAUACGUGUAUGUUAAAGUCCCUGUAGGUACGUUGGUUAAGGAAGAUGGGGAGGUUGUCGCUGACCUCACUAGACAUGGUGAGGAGUAUGUUGCAGCUUAUGGAGGAGCUGGAGGGAAAGGUAAUCGCUUUUUUCUUUCCAAUGAAAACCGAGCUCCAACGUUAUUCACUCCGGGAGAGCCAGGGCAGGACAGGGUCCUCCAUUUGGAACUCAAGACAACAGCUCAUGCAGGACUGGUGGGCUUUCCCAAUGCUGGCAAAUCAUCACUUUUAAGAGCAAUCUCCAAUGCAAGGCCAGCUGUGGCUGCCUACCCAUUCACAACCCUAAAUCCCCACGUGGGCAUCGUCUGCUAUCAAGACUAUGAACAAGUAGCGGUUGCUGACAUUCCUGGCCUAAUAAAAGGUGCUCAUCAAAACAGGGGCCUUGGGAUGGCCUUCCUCAGGCAUAUUGAACGCUGCCGCUUCCUCUUGUAUGUGGUGGAUCUCUCUGUGUCUCAGCCUUGGAUGCAGCUGCAGGACUUAAAAUAUGAACUAGAACAAUAUAAAAAAGGAUUGUCUGAGAGGCCUUCUGUUGUCAUCGCGAAUAAGAUCGACCUCACUGAGUCCAGGCUCAAUCUGCAGCUCCUUAGGGAACAGAUAGAUGAGCGGGUCAUCGCAGUGUCCGCACUGACAGGGGACAACCUGGAGGAACUGUUCUUGCAUUUGAGAGAACUGUACAACGCUUACGUGAAGACAGAACGAUCACAAGGGCAAAGCCCAGUCAAGUGGUAGGAACCAGACCUACUGUGAACUGUACUGGAAAGAGGAAAAAAAAUCAUAAUUUGGUUAGAUUACAUCUGUGUGGUUUUUGGUUUGUUUAUGGGGGGUUUUUUGUUUGUUUUUUAAAUGCAAGGGUCACAGCAUUUGGACUUGUUCUGGACUGCUGCAUUGGAAAGAUUCUUUUGUUUGCUCACCUUUGAGAUGUCUCAGGUGUUGUACAACAAAAUCUGAAAAUUGUAAUCGUGAUGAGUGUUGAACUGGAAAGCUGGAUCUUGUUUGGUAUUAGAUAAUUAAUUAUGGAACGAAGUGAAUGCUAUCUAGUAGAAAUGACUGAAAUUCAGGAUCCGCAGGAGAUGCUGGCUUGCUUUCUGCAUCAGAGUGAAGUGACGUCUCACUUUUUCACUAGUCAAAAACUAAAAUAAAAAUGACGUGGUCCCAUGUUUAUCUGUUUUUAUACCAUUCCAAUUCUGUUGUCCUGUACAACUUUGCAUUUUUCAUCCCUAGUGCUUCUGAAUGGCGCAUCCUUAAAAGUCUGGCUUUCCUGGAGUCCAUGAACGAUGGACUUUUUUCCAUGACUGGACAGGGCAGUCUUGUUCAAUCUCUAAAUUAAAGCUCAGCUUACACCCUCCUGCUGGAUCAGUGUUGGGAUCAGCUCUGUGAUGGUAAUUGUGAAUUAGAACUGAGUUUGCUUGUAUAAGAAAGAAGGUGCAUACCCCUUCUUAAGAUCCCAGGUUUUUAUUCUGAAUAAAUGUAAUGUUGACUCAAAUGCCUGGAUUAUUAAGUAAAAAUAUAGGCAAACCAGGUAAUUACCUGUUCUAAAUUCACAUUCUGAGUAUUUCUGUCUGUGAUCAGAUGUGGAAAGUAAUCUCUGCAUUAUAAGCAGUGAUAUUGGUAUAAAUAUGAUUGGGGAAAAACAAGUAUUAAAUCCCAAAGUGGCUCUCAUGUUUUGUUUCGUACUUACUUCAUCCCUGGGAUUUACCCAACUGAAUUAUGUAGAAAUUAAUAUUCAGUUCAGUCAUUUUGUUUCACUUUGUGCAGCAUUUUUAGGCUUCACUGUUGUUUUCCUUUCUGUUACUACAUGUUUUGCAGCCACAUGUAAUAAAACCAGGAGAAGAUUGCCUGAACACAAAAGCUGGUGACGGUACUUUGCGGAGCAUUUGAUACCUGCAAAUACUCUGCGCUCUCUGUAUUGUGCAUUUGGCAGUCUUUGAGAACAAGAGAGGCUGCUUUCAAAGACUCUGUCCUAACAGGAGCUUUCACGCUUACUUCCUAGUGUUUGUGCAACCUCUGUUCUUAGAGUGGAGAUUAUUUUGUGUACGGACGUGCAGAAAGCACAGCAGGUCGCUGGGUAGCUUAACAGAAUCUCCAAUUGAUCAUGUAAUGGGUUUCUUUCUUAACAUUUCAGCCACCUGUUCUGAGAUGACAGUGCUAAGUCCCUAACCACAUGCUUGUGGUGUUCAAAGAGGCUUCAUGGUGCUUCUACUCCUUCGUCUGUCAAUGAAAAGUGCCAAAUUGCUCCUUUUUAGUGUUGGAACAACUGUUUGUAGGAGCUUGAACUUACUGUAGUCAGUGUACAUCUGUACCAGGUGAGGUAACCUUGUGCUGGAGGUCCCUGUGGUGGUGCCGGAGCGGCCGUGUGCUGCUCCGCAUGACACAGACGUGGUGGCUUGGGUCACAUUUCUCUCUACUAUCCCUUCAGUUUUAGCGUGAAGAUCUCUUGCAUCCCACUCUAAUUGUCAGGUACAGAACUGCAGAGUCACAUCUGGUUCUGCUGAAAAUAAGGUAUUUACAAAGGAAACUUGGAACAGAGAAGAAAAAGUAAUCAGGUUAAGAGAGAGAACGAUGAGUUGUGCCAGGGAAGAAUGAUGUGCUAUCACAUUUCUUCCCACUUCUUUUUUUGCUGGGGUUGGGGUGGGCAGGCUUAGGUUUUGCUUUAGAUUUUGGAGGGGUUUGGGGGAAUUUCUUCUGCAGGCCUUUCCUUAACUAGCUUUUGCUUUCCUCUGCUGAACCCUUUGAUGUUGUCCUUGCUUUUCAAGUUGACAAGAGGAAAGAGAUGAGGGAUUUUAUUUCUCAUUCUGACAAUGAGCCCUAUUUUAGUGGGAAUGGAAGCCCAGUCUGUUUCAUGUUUCCUAGAGAAGCUUGAGCCAUAAUUUUGUUUGGCACUUUACAGUUCUAGUACUCAUCUUUUUAGUACAUGAUUACAAGUAUAUUUCAGUGCUAAUUGUGUUUGUUUAUAUUUAUUUGCAAUCCUCUCCUCCUUUGUAGAUUAUUGUGAAGUGUAGGUGGUAUCAAUUGAACAGAAAAAAAGAAUGUUAAUAAAAAACAAACGUUAAAAAGGACCACACUUCUUAAACAUAUGGAUAUUGAGGACUCAUUGCAGUACAUCAAAUAAAACAUUGAAUCAGUGUGUUUAA